UGAGUGUCCAUGUCCAUAUUCAUGCAGCUUUUAACAAACUCAGUGACAAAAUUAAACUUUCUUGUAAAGAGAGACCUGUGUUUGGAAGAAUGAUAAGAAAAAGAACAGGCACCACCACUGCUGUUACCAACGUUGGAACCCUCAAACAAAUUCGCGCCUUAAUGAUCGUUAAUGGUUUCACUUCCAACGUUGGAUUCCUCCGAAAACUUGUCCUCGCCGCAGCCAUGUCAAUGGUCGGCCCCGCAGCUAAUGCCGCUGUGACACAAUACACACUCCAAAUGUUCGCUCAAAUUCCCCAACCAGACACCUUCAUGUGGAACACCAUCAUCAGAGGCUCUUCUCAGAGCCGUGAUCCCUCGCACGCGGUGGCACUGUAUGUCCAGAUGGACCAGCGUUCGGUUAAGCCUGAUAACUUCACUUUCCCAUUUGUUCUCAAGGCUUGCACCAAGCUCGUCUGGGUCAAAACUGGUUCCGCUGUUCAUGGUAGGAUUUUGAGGUUUGGGUUAGGUUCAAAUGUGGUUGUGAGGAACACCCUUUUGCUUUUCCAUGCCAAAUGUGGAGACUUGAAGAUUGCUACUGAGAUUUUUGAUGAUUCGGAUAAGAGGGAUGUGGUUGCUUGGUCUGCACUCAUUGCUGGGUAUGCCCAAAGAGGGGACUUGAGUGUUGCACGGAAGCUGUUUGGUGAAAUGCCAAAUAGAGAUUUGGUGUCAUGGAAUGUGAUGAUCACAGCCUACACAAAGCAUGGUGAGAUGAAGUGUGCUAGAAAACUUUUUGAUGAAUCUCCUAUGAGGGAUGUUGUAAGUUGGAAUGCGAUGAUCGGUGGUUAUGUGCUUCGUGGCUUGAACCGGGAGGCAUUGGAGUUGUUUGAUGAGAUGUGUACAGUUGGGGAGUGUCCCGACGAAGUAACAAUGUUGAGCUUGGUGUGUGCUUGUACUGAUUUGGGGGAUUUAGAGAGUGGCGAGAAGGUUCACACCAAGAUCAUGGAAAUGAGUGAGGGAAAGUUUAGCACGUUGUUGGGAAAUGCUCUUGUUGAUAUGUAUGCCAAGUGUGGAAAUAUUAGGAAAGCAAUUCAUGUGUUUUGGUUGAUAAGAGAUAAAGAUGUGGUCUCGUGGAACACGGUCAUUAGUGGGUUGGCCUUUCAUGGCCAUGCUGAGGAAUCACUUGGUCUGUUUAGGGAAAUGCAGAGUACCAAGGUUUGUCCAGAUGAGAUCACUUUUGUUGGUGUUUUGGCAGCUUGUAGUCAUGUUGGGUAUGUUGAUGAGGGUAAUCGUUAUUUUCAUCUUAUGAGAAAUAAGUACAAGAUUGAGCCAAACAUUAGACAUUGUGGGUGCGUGGUGGACAUGCUGGGACGUGCUGGACUUUUGAAGGAAGCGUUUGAUUUCAUAGCUUCCAUGAAGAUUGAACCAAAUGCAAUUAUUUGGAGGAGUUUGCUUGGAGCUUGCAAAGUUCAUGGAGAUGUGGACUUGGCAAAACAAGCAAAUGAGCAGCUGCUCAGAAUGAGAGGGAAUCAAAGUGGGGAUUAUGUGUUGUUGUCAAAUGUAUAUGCUUCACAAGGUGAAUGGAAUGGGGCUGAGAAGAUAAGGAAGCUGAUGGACGACAAUGGUGUGACCAAGAAUCGCGGCUCUAGCUUUGUUGAGGCCCACAGUUGAUGAUCGUCAAGUAUUAUGUGGUAACAUGAAUGUUGAUCAAUUAUUGAAAUAUCUUUUAUUCACUUUGGCAAGACACCAAGUAGUAGGUGGAUCUAAAAAUGAUCUACGUUCAACUCCACACUGUGGCACUGAUAGCCAUAAAGUGAAACUUCAUAACUGCAGGAGGAAACUAGUUCUGGCAUGUUCAUGCAAAGAUCAAUUUGUUUCUGCGGACUGAACAUGAUUGGGUGGAGUUACAUUUGAUCUUUGGAUCUGUUAAGAUGUUUGUGCCUUCAAUGUUUCAAGUCAUUGAGAAUGAAUCAAUUCCAUUACAAAGUUCUACAUAUCUCAAGAUUUGAAUUCAUAACCUGGAUGAGGAUUGUCCAUAAUUCAGUGAUUGGAAUUUCGAUGGACUUUGCUUGGAGCUUGCAUAGUUCAUGGAGAAGGGACCAGGGUGGUGAGUGGAGAAUAUUUGAUGUGCCUGGGUUGGAGGACAACAUGCAUUUUAUAGGCAUAUGCUCUUCAAAUCCAUCAAUGCACUAACAAUGCUAAAUAGUUCCUUUUGAAAAAACAAAAGUUGAAUAGUUGCUGUCAGUGUUGAGAGGCUGACUUCCAGGAAAUGUAACUGAUCAAGAUAAACUAAUCCAUUGCUCAAGACUUUUGCCUUCAAUUGACAA